GAAUCGAAAGUGAAAAUGCGUUCUGCGAUUUUAUUUGGCCUGAUUGUGUGCAUGGCUUUUAGCCUGAUUUUGGCCUUGGAGGAGACUGAAAAACAAUCUAACGAUCUUUCUGCUGUGGAAAAUAACAUUGGCCGGGCUGUGGAGUCCGAGGUGCGAGCUAAGCGUCAGCUUGGCUUUGGAGGAUUUGGAGGACCCUUUGGCGGAUUUGGAGGACCAAUUGGCGGAUUCGGAGGACCAAUUGGCGGAUUUGGAGGACCAUAUGGCGGAUUUGGGGACCAAUUGGUGGAUUUGGUCCUUACGGAGGCUAUGGUGGCUACGGCGAUACGGUUACGGUGGCUACGGAGGAUAUGGUCGCUACGGAGGAUAUGGACGUCACUUUGGUUAAACCUGUAGCUAAACUUUAUCCACCAAUAAACUAAGACUGAAGUAUUA